AUGCCAGCGGCCGACAUGACCGAGAGCCUCCAGUUGCCCGCCCUGCGGGUGCCCCAGCAGCCACCGCAGGGGCCGGAGGGGCGUCCCGGCCCCAGCCCCAGCCCCGCAUGGUCCAGUUCCUCCACGCCCACGCUCCGGAGAAGACGCCCCAAGAUGCGCCACUCCCAGGACGUCCAGGACCCGAGCGGGGAGGGCGGGCUGGGCCGGGACUCGCCCACGCACUCGUCCCCCGGCAAGGAGUUCCUGCAGUUGCCCUCCAUCGAGAUCACGCCGUCCAGCGACGAGGACGCCCCUUGGUCCAGCUGCUCCACGCCUAGCGCCUCGCCCCGCCGCAAGCGCUUCCUUCUGCGCAAAUGGCUGCGGGUGCGGGAGCGGAAGGAGCUCAGUGAGAGCAGGUUGCUUCCCUUGCUGAGCUCCAAACUGGACCCAAAAUGCCCUAGCAGCCUGCAGAGCAGCCUGCAGAGCAGCUGGGAUGAUGAUUCCAGCCGGUUCCUGAACCCCAACAUGUGGGAGAAAAGCAGGCCUGGUGGUGACUUCCUCUGCCUUUUCUCUCUGGAUGGUGCUGCCCCCCCGGCCCAGGCCAAGCCAAAAUCAUGGAGCCAGCUGAUAUGGCAACAGCAAAGCACUGCCAGUAACUCGAACCGCAGCUCACCUGCCUGCUCCCCCAUCCUCCGCAAACGUUCACGCUCACCCACGCCACAGAAUCCCGACGGUGACGCCAUGGUGGAGAAGGGCUCAGAUCACUCCUCGGAUAAAUCCCCAUCCACGCCAGAGCAGGGCGUCCAGCGGAGCUGCUCCUCCCAGUCGGGCCGAAGUGGCGGCAAGAACUCCAAGGCCAUGAGCCACUUGGUCAAGGAGACGGUAGCCUGUAGCAGCAGGCUGGCUCUGCCCCCUUGCCUCCAGCUUCCUGGGAGAGUAACAGAGCAGGCGGUGCAGCCGAAAAGAAUGUCAGUGCCAUUCGGUUUACUCGCUGGGCAAGUGGAAAACUUUUGUGGGAUGAAAAGCCAGAGUUGGUAUAAUGUAUUAAGCCCAACCUACAAGCAGAGGAAUGAAGACUUCAGGAAGCUCUUCAAACAACUUCCAGACACAGAGCGCCUCAUUGUUGAUUAUUCAUGUGCGCUUCAGAGAGACAUUCUCCUCCAGGGCCGACUCUACCUCUCCGAAAACUGGAUCUGCUUCUACAGUAACAUCUUCCGCUGGGAAACUCUGCUGACGGUCCGUUUGAAAGACAUCUGCUCCAUGACCAAGGAAAAAACUGCUCGGCUUAUUCCCAAUGCCAUCCAAGUUUGCACGGACACUGAAAAGCACUUUUUCACAUCCUUUGGCGCUCGAGAUAGGACAUAUAUGAUGAUGUUUCGACUCUGGCAGAAUGCCCUUCUCGAUAAGCCCCUCUGUCCCAAGGAGCUCUGGCACUUCGUCCACCAGUGUUAUGGGAAUGAACUGGGCCUGACCAGCGAUGACGAGGAUUAUGUGCCACCUGAUGAUGACUUCAACACCAUGGGCUAUUGUGAAGAAAUCCCAGUUGAAGAGAACGAGGUGAACGACAGCUCUUCCAAAAGCAGUGUGGAAGCCAAGGCAGAUGCCAGCCCGCAGAUUCCCAAGAAAUCCAUCACCAACAGCACACUCACUUCCACCGGGAGCAGCGAAGCCCCCAUUUCGUUUGAUGGCCUGCCCCUGGAGGAGGAGGUGUUGGAGGAGGAUGGCCCCCUAGAGCCGGAGCUCAGUCUCGACAACAUCAUGGAGGAAAAAAUUGAGAUGAUCGCCCCAGUCAACUCACCCUCGUUGGAUUUCAACGACAAUGAGGACAUUCCCACUGAGCUCAGCGACUCAUCGGACACUCAUGAUGAAGGGGAAGUUCAGGCUUUCUACGAGGACCUGAGUGGCCGGCAGUACGUGAAUGAGGUGUUCAACUUUAGUGUGGACAAACUGUACGACCUGCUCUUCACCAACUCACCCUUCCAGCGGGACUUCAUGGAGCAACGCCGCUUCUCUGAUAUUAUUUUUCAUCCGUGGAAGAAGGAGGAGAGUGGGAACCAGACCCGAGUCAUUCUCUACACCAUCACCCUCACCAACCCUCUGGCUCCCAAAACUGCCACUGUCACAGAAACACAGACCAUGUACAAGGCCAGCCAGGAGAGUGAGUGCUAUGUGAUCGAUGCAGAGGUGCUGACCCAUGAUGUUCCCUACCAUGAUUACUUCUACACAAUCAACCGCUACACCCUGACCCGGGUGGCCAGGAACAAGAGCCGACUCAGGAUUUCAACAGAACUGCGCUACAGGAAGCAGCCCUGGGGCUUGGUGAAGACCUUCAUCGAAAAGAACUUUUGGAGUGGUCUGGAGGAAUACUUCCGCCACUUGGAAAGUGAGCUGACCAAAACAGAGAGCACCUAUUUGGCAGAUGUGCAUCGACAAUCCCCCAAGGAGAAGGCUGGCAAAGUCUCUACCCUGAGGAGGAGGAAGAGGCCCCACCCCCACCUACGUGUCCCCCACUUGGAGGAGGUGAUGAGCCCUGUCACCACCCCCACCGACGAGGAGGUGGGGCGCCGAACCAAGCACGUGGCAGGCUCCACACAGACGCGGCUCAUCUCUGAGGAGAACUCCAACGGCAUCCACCUGCAGAGCGUCUCCAAGAUGCUGCUCAUUAUCAGCUGUGUGAUUUGUUUCAGUUUGGUGCUGCUUGUCAUUCUGAAUAUGUUGCUGUUUUACAAGCUCUGGAUGUUGGAAUACACCACCCAGACCCUUACGGUAUGGCAGGGGCUGAGAUUCCAAGAGAGGCUACCACAAUCCCAGACAGAAUGGGCCCAACUCUUAGAAUCCCAACAAAAGUAUCACGACACGGAGCUACAGAAAUGGAAGGAAAUAAUCAAAUCCUCGGUGAUGCUGCUGGACCAGAUGAAAGACUCUCUGGUGAACCUUCAGAGCAGCAUCAGAUCUCGGGACUAUGUUUCAGAAAGCGAGGAGAAGAGGCAUCGCUUCCAUUGACCAGGCAGGGGCCAGGGCAGGCCCCAGGGGCCUCUGUGCAAUACUUGUACAUAGACAGUAUAAAUAUAUAUAAAUAUAUAUAUAUAUAUACAGAAUAUAAAUAUAUAUUAUAUACAGAUUUUAAAAGAGAUAAAGCCUAUGUACCUGGUCAUGGAGCAAGGCUGUCCACUCUGCUGCCCGAUGGAGAAGUAUUCUGCCCUGGUCCGAGAGCAUCUGGAAUCGAAGCUCCAAUGACUGCAAUGGGGGUCCACCCACUCCUCUCCCUAAGCCCACCCCCUUUGCUGGUGGGCCAAAACCAUCCCAGAUCAAGAGCAGUUGAGAACAAAACACCCUGCCCCUUCUUGGUUUUCCUUGGACUCUGGCACGUGCGAUGCUGCUGAACAUCGAGCCCGGAGUUCACGCUCACACUGGCCUCCUAAUUGAAGGGGUUGCCAGGCUUGAAGAGGUCAGGCUCUGAGGGCGACCUGGUGCCAUCACAAGAAUGGGCUGGGCUACACCUCUACCAGAGAGAGGACUUUCAAACUGCUAAACUUGGCUGGGGGGAGGGGGAAGACAGUGCAUUGUUGCUGAGGACCCUUGGAGGGCCUGCUUUCCUACUUCUCCUGCUGCCCUCAAUUCCUGCUGGUCAGGGUCCCCUUUCCCAUUUCUUAUUUGUCCAUGGCCCCCAGCCUCGGGAUCUCUGCUUCUCUUCUCUGCUUCUCUCAGACUUUUCCCUCAGGCUGGGGUUCUGUGCAUAGAUGUUAUCCCCAUCCUGGGCCCCUCCUAGAACUCUCUGGUCCUUUGCCAGCCCCAUCCUCUCUCUCCACGAUCCUGGUGGGAUUUCUGUUAGCCAGCGUGCCCAUCUAGCCAAGCAAUACCAUCCCGGCAUGAGCUAAGGGAGUUAAAAUUCAUUUUCAAGCCACUGAUCUUAUUUCCCUGUAGUGUAGACCCCAGCUUCUGGUCUUGCUCUUCCCAGGCUGGCCCAAAGAGGCCAUGCAGACUGGGCCCAGAGGGGCAGGGUCUCCAGGGGAUUCAGUGUGCUUCUCUCAGACUCUAGGAAGCCUAGGCCAGGGAGAAGAUCCAUAGCAGAAUAUGGCCCAUGUCAGGGGGAGAGACUGCACGUUUUUCUGUCGGGUCUAGCACACUCUGUCAAAGUGGAGCUUAGUGGAACUUAUCCAAAUGGUAAGCCUGUGUGUGUGCAAACAGCCCUACCUGCCUGGGGAGAUCUGGGGUCUGGAUGAAGGGUGGAGGGACUGUAGAAAGAACAGGGACAACUGCCCGGGGCCAGCCCAGCUUCCCCUUCCUGCCAAUGGAGGGAUGCAGGGGAUUGAUUGGGUUAUGUGGUGCCUUGGGCUCUUAGGACCUUCGAACGGCUCCUCUCCCCCCUGCACCACACCAGAGGCCAAAAGUUCUCUGGCCUGCUCCCCCUGGGCUCUGCUGGCAAGUCCAGAAGGAUGGAGGGAGGGGAGGAGUUGCCAGACCUUCAUUCUCAGGGAAUACAGGAUAGCUGAACACCCCUGCAAGUUGACUGGAGGGGCAGGUGUAAUUUAUCUAAUUUAUUCUCUUUUUUUCCUAAUUUAUUUAUUUAAUUUUAAUCUGUCGUGGAAGAGAAGAGGCCCUGGCCUCAGAGGGAGGUGCUGAGCUGGACUAGGGCUAGGAACAAGGGAGAUGAGGUGGAAAUUGACGUAGAGACCUAGGAGAAUGGAAUAUGUGCUAAAGGGAGUUGGGAGAGGGAGGGGCUGGGGAUGGCUGAGGACCAGUCUGAAUCAUGGGUCCAGUGUCAUGGUGGACCAGCUGCCUAGGGUUGGGAAGCCAGGCCCUGCACCCACCUCACUGGCCAUGCCUCCAGGCACCAUGACAGGCUGUGGUGGUGAUGCUUUACUCUGGACAUGAGGCUCCACGCUGGUUGAAAAGCAGGAGGCAGCGAUUGGUCUCCUCUUUCCCUUCCCCCCCAAAAUCCAGCAGAAAGACUGGGGUGGGGAGAUCUGAGUCCUCUGGGUCCACCUGUUCAGAUGGGAGGAGUGUCCCAAGUUAUCUGAUGCUCCCUUCUCCCAGAAUUGCACACUGGCCAGAGAAUAAAACCAAGAAAAUUGACAGUCUAGCUCACUGGUGGGGGCCUAUGCCUGUAGCUGGCUUGCAAGGCAGGGUUAAAACAGUGGCCUUCUUUUUACCCAAGAACCUCUUUAAAGCAGCCUUUGCAUUGAGUCACUCUCUCUGGGCCAGCAAAGUGUUUGCUGAAUGAGCACAAAGAAUGCUGGUUUUGGGCAGCCCCGCCCGGCAUACCUCUUGGCAGGUGGGUUGGCUGGUGAGAUGUUGCUGGUGGACCAGGACCCCUUUGUAGGAUUGCUUUAAAGACUCAGGCUAUGAAAGAGAUCCAGCAAGGUCCCAAAGGCUUCCUGCCUCCUCAGUGCCUGGGACUCUGUUGAAAGGUGCUUCUUUGCCAGGACUUUUUGUGAGUUUGGAGUCAGGGUGGUAGCUUUGGCUCCAGCAGUCAACCUCCUCUAGAAACAGCCCAUCCGGCUGCAGCCCCUACUGUGCCCCAGCUGUCCAUCUAUUCCUCUGACCCCCAACUUGCUGCUGGUUUCCCUAAACGGGAAACCUGGCCCUGGAUCUGGGUGAACUGUGAAAUAUGUGCUGUGAGAUGGGUGGGGUGGGGUGGGGUAGGGCAGCAAUUCCCAACAUGCCCUGGGACCACAGAGUGGCUCAGGUGCUGGCCUGGGGUUUUGGGGCUGAGCUAAGGCCAAGAGACUGGGGGUGGGGAACCCUGUGGCUACUCAGGCCUGGCAUGGGGUGUUUCAGGUAGCUGCUAGGAAUCAGGUGAGGGGAAUAGGGUGGGGAUCUUAGACCAAGCUGCUGUUUGGGUGUGUCCUUCCGUGCCAUACUGUGCCCCUUUUUGAGAAGUGCAUGUUAACCCAAACCACUCCAGUCCUCGGACUCCUCUACCUUACCCAGCCUGCACUCUCCUCUCUCAUCCCUGCCUCCUCCGCAGGAAAUGCGUGAGGGAGAGUCAGCUAUGGGGAUUCCCCUCAGCUUUUCCUCCAGUCUCCGCCCUCCUGUCUGCUAGUCAACUCCUGCAGUCUCCCUCCUAUCGGGUCUCAACUAUGAAACAAUCAUCCCCUCCUCCCUCCCAGUAGGCUGGCCCCACCCCCUGCACCCAAGGGUUUCCUUCCAGGAAGAUGUAUUCUUGGCCCAGGGCGCUGUUUUCUUGAAGAUCAGGUUUUAACAGCUUUCUUUCGAUGCAAGUAACCAUUUGCACACUUCCACUUCGUGAACUCCUUCCCCUGUCCCUCCCUGCUCAUCCUGUUACCUCAAUGACUCCUGGAAAAACACAUCUGGGAUGUGAGUGCUCAACUCUGGGUCUCUGGGCUGGGUGGGAGUACUUGAGGUCUUGGGCCCAGUCUUCUUGGGACCAGUGUCAUGGCUGCUAACUUGAAGCGACUCACCCUGAUGAAGGCCUCCUUCCCAUCAUGUGAAAGCUCCCAUCUCAUUCCCCGCAACCCCUUCACUAGUCUCCAGUACAGUGUGGCUCUCUAGGCCCUCACCCAUCCCCAUCCCCCACUCAGGGGGAAUGAAGAGGCAGCAAAUGGAAGAUCAGGGAGAUGCCCAGCUGAACAACUCACCCUGCAGUGGGAUGCUGGCUGCAGAAACCAGGGGCAAAAUUUUCCAGGGAAUUUGCACAUCUUCAAGCCCCCCCGCCCCAGCCCCUCAGAACUGCCAGGAGCUAUCCGGGAUCUGCAUGGAUCAUGCUCCCCAACCCCAGGUACUCUGUCGUACUCUUCCUUGGCUCUGCAGUAGGAAGGGGGAGAGGCCAAGGGCCACAGUGGACCCUGCCGAGGUGGUUUUGAACCCUGGUGCCAGGCUGCACAUGGGAGGGAACAAGGCCAAUUGGGGUGAUGGUGUUUGACUACUUGAGUUUGGCUCAAUACCUGUAUUAGCCUGGUGCUGUGCGCUAGGUGGGAUAAACGUGAAACUUACCACUAGAACUUAGGAACUCUAAAGGCUCCCAAGCCACAUCUUAAUGUAAAGUAGCUAGGGCCAUGGAAGUCUCUUCUGAAUUAAAAGAAAAAAAUGAUUGAAAUGGCA